AUGAUAAUUAAUAACCCAAAAAAUGAAAAAUUUAAUACAAUUACAACACUUGAUAGUUAUGAAGAUACCAGUACAUCUGUUGGAGAGAUUUUAGCAGUGAUCGGAAAAAUUAUUUUAAUCCCAAAUUCUGAAAAAUGUCAUGAUGUUGAUGAAAAUACUUUAAGCAAUAACAAAUUGAACGAAGAAAUGGAAAAGAAUGAACCACAAAAUUCCUCUCCCUCUUCAUCAUCAACCACCACAACCACAACUACCACAACUACCACCACAACAUUAUUUCUCAAACUGCUAGUAUAA